AUAAUGUGUUGUCUGUACACUCAAAAUAAAAUUUACAUCAAUCAUCACCGUGCGGAGUCACUAUACGGCUCAACCGCGUUGGUUACGAUUUAUCACCAUCUGGGUGACAAUAAAUUCAGAGAAAUUCAAACUUGUUACCAGAAGGGCCAGACGAAGUUGCUUGCAGUAAGUUUUUAGACGACAAUAAAUUCAUGUGCCUCAUAUAUCUCAUCUUGAUUUUUGUGAAUCUCAGUUAAUUUUACACAUCUGGAAACGAAUUUCUCAUUCAUGUUAUUAUUUUACAAAAUUGUGUAAAUAUAAAAACCUGUGAAUCAUGAAGAUUUCAGUGGGGUUGGUCUUUCUGCAAAUAAUUUCAAGCAGAUGUUUCUCAUCUGCAACCAAACACACGGAAAAUACUGAAAUUAUGGAAACAUCAAAAAACACUUUAAAUUUGGAUGAAGUUGAAAAAUUUGGAAAAUUAUCAGCAGAAUGGUGGAGUCCGUCGAGCCCGUUGAGAUCAUUGCAUGCCAUGAAUUCAAUUAGAGUUCCGUAUAUCGCCAGCACCUUAGAUUCUUCAAGGGACGGAAAGAAACGAAGAAUCCUGGACAUUGGGUGUGGCGGUGGGUUUCUUUCUGAGGGGUUGGCCGAACAUUUUCACACCUUAGGAUGGAGCGAUGACGCCAUAGAAAUUGUCGGAUUGGAGCCAAACUCUAAUUUGGUACAAAUUGCGAGGGCCCAUCUACCCAAACAUCUCGAGGGGAAAGUCACCUAUUUAGUGGACACUAUUGAAAAUUACGUGACGCAAAAUUCAAACCCAAAUUUUGACACGGUCGUCAUGUCUGAAGUGAUUGAACAUGUCGAUAAUCCGCAAGAAUUUCUAAAAUAUGCCAUCAGUGCGGCAAAGUCGGGCGGAUCAAUCUAUUUGUCAACUCCUGGGAAAUCGGUGUUUUCUUGGAUGACUUUAAUUCUACUGAUGGAACACGUCCUACAAAUAUUUCCCGUUGGAACGCAUCACUACGAGAAACUAGUGGACUUGAAAGACACGCUGAGAAUGUUUAGAGAAAAUAACUGCGAGAUAAGAGAAGUCCGAGGAUGUUUUUAUAAUCCUCUACUGAACGUGUGGCAUUGGAAUGAUUCCUUUAAACCUGUCGCGUAUGCGGUGCAUGCUCUGAAGUCAAACAGUGUGGAAAAACUUAAUCCGUAACAAUGCGAAAGCAAGCCAUGUUAAACACACAGUUUCCUACGACCAAAUUAGUAUGACAAAUAAACUCUUCAAAAAUAAAUUUUCUACGUUCAUUCCUUUCACUUCCGUCACUGACAAAUUCCAAUAAAUAACGGAAGACGUUCACGUCUUAAAUACAUAAAAUAACAAUCUACUUUAACAAAUUAAAAAAAAUAGAAUGCAUUCAAAAAUUUCAUUAUCAUUAUGUAUAAUGGUUUUAGAGUUAUAAUUACGUGGAUGAUAUUUACAAAUGAUUCUGGAAUAUUGUCCACUCCAGCACGUGUCAGACUUUGAGAAUGUUGAGAUUGCGUAAAUUAAUAUUAUACAAUUUAACAAACCUUGUUUUGCAUUCAAAUGGAAUUAUGUAUGUAGGGUUAGUGCAUAAAUUAUGUGAAGCAAAUAUCCGCUUUUUUCAGACCCCCUUCCUCCUUUAACAUGUGUCACAUAGGGACGAUGUCAUUUGAGCCUUAGACCCCCUCACUCCCCUCUCACGUUUGUGUACGUCCCCUUACUGAUAAUUGAAUUCAAUGAUGCCUACACAUUCAGCUCGGAUUGUGUAUUGUACGUGUUUGAUCUUGUGGUUCAUUGCUAUAUGUAUGUAUGUACAUAAAUACAUAUUUAUGCCUUUUGGUUUAUUUCCUCCUGUAUAUCUAUAAUGAGCUCCUGCUGUAAAUAAACGCGCAUUAUUGGCUUACA